AUGAAGAUCAUCUGGACUUUCACUCUGCUGAUGAUUCCUGGUGUUGUGAGCUCCAUCAGUGUGGGAGGAUAUUCAGGAGGAGGAGUCAUAAUCACAUGCAGAUAUGAUAGAGAAUAUACAGUGAAUGCAAAGUAUUUUUGUAGAGGACAGUGGUCAGAGUGCACAGACCGAAUCAGGACCAAUAUUAAAAACAAAUGGGUUGAUUCUGGAAGAUUCUCUCUGUUUGACGACACAACAGCAGCCGUUUUCACUGUGACCAUCAGAGAUAUGAGUGAACAGGAUUCUGACACGUACCAUUGUGGAACUGAUAUUUAUGCAAAAAUAGAUUCCUACUACACUGAAGUGAAUGUGAACAUUAUAAGAACUGAUUGUUGUGAGAAGAGCAUCAGUCUCUCUGCUGCUGCAGGAGGAUCUGUGAACAUCAGCUGCAAAUACCCACAAUCCCACAGUGCUGAUGUGAAGUUUGUCUGCAGGAGAUCUGAAUCUGAUCUCUGUGCUGAAGAGACGUCUGUGAAGAAGAGCAGAAGAUGGAGCGCUGAGGGACAGAUGCAGCUGUAUGAUGACAGAGAGCAGCAGCUCCUGACGGGAACCAUCAGUCAUGUGACUCAACAGCAUUCAGCUGAAUACUGGUGUGGAGUUCAGUCUGAUCAAGGACACAAGAGCUUAAUCACACCAGUCCUCAUCAGCGUUACAGGUGCGGAUGAUUUUCUCACUCAUAUUAAUCACUCCAUAUUUCUGAUGGACGACUUUAAUGCUCAUGUUGGGGACGACGGAUAA